AAAUCUUGAUUAUCUUCCUUCAACAACCCAUAAUAAUGACUAAGAUCGAUGCUCUCCGUCGAUUCUUCCUCCCUUGUCUCUUCCCCACUACCACCGCUUCCGAUGCCACGCAAACAACCCCUCUCAAGAAACGACUCAGCACCUCCUUGAGAGACGACCUCGACGAACCUUCCACCACCACCAAUACCAAUCAAGAUGAUCAAAACCAAAACCAGGAUCAAGAUCAAGAAUCAAACUCCCCCGAAGAUAGCGUCACCUCUCGCCCCUCCAAGUCCAUGGUCAUCGGUACCAUCUUCGGUCAACGACGCGGCCACGUCUGGUUCUGCGUUCAACACCAACGUCAAUCUACAAAACCCUCUCUUCUUCUUGAACUCUCCAUCCCCACUCACCAACUCGUCCAAGAAAUGCGUUGCGGACUAGUGCGUAUCGCUCUUGAGUGCGCCCGACCCGAACUCUGUUCUUGCCCGCUGAGAUCCGUACCCGUUUGGAUAAUGUACUGUAAUGGGCGGAAGGUGGGUUUUGCAAUUCGGAGAAAAGCCAGCGGGCAGAACCGUUUGAUGUUAAAGACGAUGGAGUCGAUGACAGUCGGUGCAGGUGUCAUUCCAGCCGGGUUCGGACCUUCGGGUUCGGAAGCGGAGGAGGUCAUGUACAUGAGGGCGAAUUAUGAGCACGUGAUCGGAAGUGCUGACUCGGAGUCGUUUCAUUUGAUUAACCCAGAUGAGUACCCGGGUCAAGAGUUCAGUGUGUUCUUGCUUAGAUCGAGGUGAUUGAUUAAUUACUAAUUAGAGAGGGGCUUUUAUUUAUGGUUUCUUUACCGUUUGAUUAUUUUAGGGAACAGAAUAUUAGGGUUUUCUGGACCUUGAAAACCUUGCGUUUCUCUUGUUUUAGUGAUGGAAUUCUUCAUCGGGAAUUUUAGGUUUAUUAAAGAGGGUAAUCGUGGUAAAGAUUUUUUUUUUGACAGUAGCUCUUUUGGGAUUUCAAUUGUUGGAUACUUUUUGUUGAGAUCAGAAACAUGGAGGGAAAUGUAGCUGAGUAUGUUAAUAUUGAAUUCUCUUCAGGGAUUGGUCCAACAUUUUUGUCUUUUAAGACUCGAAAUUCCUUUGUGUAAUAUAUCACAGAUUCAUAAGAGAAAUGAAUAUUCUUCGACUUUCUUUUUGUUUUCAACACUCCUCAUAACAAACUGCAUGUAGAUACAACGGGCUAUUAGUUGGAUCAUCACAUCAAUGGGUCAUUCCAGUGAACUCUUACCACUGUUAGGUAGCGUUGGGAGAGGCCUCUCCCAGCCCAAAAGCGGUGAGAUUUUCUUCUUACUUGUAUGCUAACACCUGACGUGGGACAACCCAACACGCUUAUUUUGAAUAUUAAUUGAGUUGUGAUGAUUUUAAUACU